ACAUCACAGCUCACCAUGAACACUCUGGUCCUGUUAUUGGCAUCAGUGGCAGCAGUUACAGCUGCCCCGCAGGGUUAUAGCCUGCCAACGCCUUCUGGCCCGUCCUUUGGGUCGUCCUCUGGGUCGUCCUUUGGGUCAUCCUCUGGGUCCUCCUUUGGGUCGUCCUCUGGAUCGUCCUUUGGAUCAUCCUCUGGAUCGUCCUUUGGGUCGUCCUUUGGCCAAUCCGUUGGUCCGUCCUCAGGUGGAUGCAGUCCCGGACAAGUGCGACAUGUGGACGGUAGAUGCGUGACUCCGCGAGAAAACAGAAGAGUGUUCUUGUAUGAAGUUCCUUCGAACGUGGUGUUCAACGGCGCUCCAGUCAACAUUCCCGAGCCAACAGUGGAGACCAACAUCGUGCUCAUCCGAACGCCCGAAGGAUUGCAGGGACCUGAUCCCGUGGUCAUACCUCCUCCGAGACAGCAGCACGUCGUGUACGUGCUGAACAAGCAGUCUGAACAUGACCAGAGGGUGAUCGAGGUCACGGCGCCACCGCCAUCCGACCCUGAAGUUUACUUCGUCAACUACGCCGAAGGCGAGAACCCAACUCUUCCUAGCGGAGUGGAUCUACAGAGCGCUCUGGGCGCUGCUACUCAAGGCGGCGGUCAGGUGAUCGGCGACAGCGGCUCUGGUGUCGGCGGUGGUAUUGGCGGUAGUAUCGGUGGCGGUAUCGGAGGUGGCAGCAGUGGAGGCAUCAGUUUGGGAGGAGGCGGAGGAUUCGGAGGCAGCGGCGGAAGCAUCAGCUUGGGAGGAGGCGGAGGAUUCGGAGGCAGCAGUGGCUUCAGCAGCUCUGGAGGAAGCAGUGGAUUCGGAGGCAGUGGCAGUUUUGGAUCCGGAAGUGGAGUCGGUGGAUUUGGAGGCGGUUCGGGAGGCGGCAGCAUCGGUGGAGGCUACACUCCACCAACCCAGCCCUCAAACCUGUAUACUUCACCCUAGAAGCCGUGAUGUUAACAGCCAAGUGUGCUGCCUAAUUAUGAAUAUAGAGAAUAAUGUUAGGCCUAACUUAUGAAUGUAAACAUUUUUGCCAAAUAAAAUUAAAACAUUAGUCCUA